UCGAGGGAAGGGUAAGGCGGAGAUAAAUGUCGCUCUGUCACAGGAGAGAAGUGUUUCCGGGUGAUGACGGGGUUUUCAGAGUUAUUUGUAUAGGCGGUAUAUCAACAAAAAUCCCUGUUUGGAGGAAAACGUUAUUUCUUAAAUAUCUUCGGCAAUUAAGAUGCGAAAUGGAGUGCUUUAGUAAGGUGCUCUGCGACCUUGUGUGAAUAGAUCUUUGUUGGGCCGUUGGUUUUCCCCAGUGAUGUUCAUGUUUUUAGUCCGUCGGAAGCUCCGCUAGUCUCCCGGUCGUCGCUUGUCGCCAUGGAUAGUUUCUACUGGAAUGGCAAUGCACAAACAGUACAGUUGUUUUGGCAUGUGUGGAGAAGUGUUUCACUCACUUAACAAGUUUGAAUUAAAAGGAAGAUUUCUCUCCCCUUUCAUUAACCGACAUAUGCUUAGAUUUCUUGAGGGUGCACUUGAACAAAUUUUGUUGGGAAAGGACAGAUGGCUCAUUCUGUCUCAAGGAAACUGUGGUGUUUCCACAAGAACUGGCAGAUCGUUUGCUGCAGAAAAUGUCCCUGAAUGGCGUACUCAACGAAAAGACAGUGGGAAUUUUCCGCAGGAACGACCUGCUGCGCUUGAAACGUGCUUGUAUUCGAAAUGCUAAACUAUCAGCAGUUGCAUUCAAGAAAGCAUUCUGCCACCACAAGCUCAUUGACCUGGAUGCUUCUGGUGUAAAUGCAGACAUCACGAUAACUGACAUUGUAAACGCGCUCGUCACAAACAAAUGGAAUCAACAGUACCUGCAGUGUCUUAUGUUGAAUUCAUUAACACUAUCUCUGGAAGACCCUUAUGAGCGAUGCUUCAGCCAGCUAACUGGCCUUCGUGUUUUAAGUGUUACCAAUGUUCUCUUCUACAAUGAUGAUCUUAGGGAUGUUGCCUCUCUUCCAAGGUUAGAAAGUUUAGAUAUUUCAAACACUUCUGUCACUGACAUCACACCACUUCUGACCUGUAAGGACAAGCUAAAAUCCUUGACCAUGCACCACCUCAAAUGUCUAAAGAUGACAACUACACAGAUUUUGGAAAUUAUUACGGAACUGGUGCUCCUUCAACACCUAGACAUCUCUGAUGAUAAGCAGUUUACCUCUGACAUUGCACUUCGUUUACUAGAACUGCCCAGCAUACUACCUAACCUCCGAUCCCUGGAUAUCUCUGGCAGGAAGCACAUAACAGAUAAAGCUGUUCAGGCGUUUGUCCAACAUCGGCCUACAAUGCAAUUCAUGGGUUUACUUGCUACUGAUGCUGGCUAUUCUGACUUCCUUUCUGGAGAAGGGAGCUUAAAGGUUUCCGGAGAAGCGAAUGAAGUGCAGAUCUCUGAAGCUCUUCGUCGUUACAGUGAAAGGGCCUUCUUUGUAAGAGAAGCAUUGUUUCACCUUUUCAGUCUCACUCACAGCAUGGAAAAGCCACAGCCUGAGCUACUGAAGCUUGUGGUCAUCGGAAUGAAAAAUCAUUCUACAAACCUGCCAGUACAGCUGGCUGCUAGUGCGUGCGUAUUUAAUUUGACAAAACAAGAUUUAGCAGGUGGUAUGCCUGUGCGCCUUUUGACGGAAGUGACACGUCUCUUACUGAAAGCCAUGGAACACUUUCCCAACCAUCAACAGCUUCAGAAGAAUUGUCUGUUGUCUCUCUGCAGUGACCGUAUCCUUCAGGAUGUCCCGUUUAACAGGUUUGAGGCAGCCAAAUUGGUAAUGCAGUGGCUUUGUAACCAUGAAGAUCAGAACAUGCAGAGGAUGGCAGUGGCUAUUAUCUCUAUUUUAGCAGCAAAGCUUUCCACAGAACAGACAGCACAACUUGGUACAGAGCUCUUCAUUGUUAAGAAAUUGCUGCAUAUAGUAGAGCAGAAGACAACCCUGUCAUUAGUGGAUACCACUUUAAAGUUUACGCUUAGUGCACUUUGGAACUUGACUGAUGAAUCACCGACCACCUGCAAGCACUUUAUAGAAAAUCAGGGCUUAGAAUUAUUUAUGAAAGUACUGGAGUCCUUUCCGGGUGAGCCAUCCAUCCAGCAAAAGGUUCUGGGUUUGUUGAACAACAUAGCAGAAGUGAAAGAACUCCACCCUCAACUGAUGAAGAAGAACUUCAUUGAACACAUCAGUGUUUUAUUACACAACAAGGAAGUGGAAGUCAGUUACUUUGCUGCAGGAAUAAUCGCUCAUUUGAUAUCCCGUGGGCUGCAUAUCUGGACUCUGGAUCUUGACCUUCGAGCUUCUCUCCUGGAGCACCUGCAUUCUGUCAUUCUAAAUUGGCCGACUCCAGAUUGUGAGAUGGUAGCUUACAGGUCAUUCAGUCCAUUUUUUCCAUUGUUGGAAUGCUCUGAUACACCGGGUGUGCAGAUUUGGGCUGUUUGGGCAAUGCAGCAUGUCUGUAGCAAAAAUGCACCCAGGUACUGUAGCAUGCUGAUCGAAGAGGGUGGAAUGCAGAAACUGUACAACAUUAAGAACCAUCCUCAGAUUUCACCAGAUGUUCUACGGAUUGUUAUAAGCAUUAUUGAAAGUUUGGAGAAAUAUAUUAUGCGCCAUGGGAAGGUCUCCUCCUCCUGCCACAAAAAGCUACAAGCUAAGCACAGUGUGGUUUAAGCAGUAAGCAGAUGUUUUGGACAGAUUGUACUAGUGGACGAUGUUUCAUUUACAGAGAAAUGUGCAACACAUAACCUUUUAUUUCUGAAGACUAUGAAGAGAACUUCCUUGAUUGAAACUGUGUAUGCUAUUAAACAUUUCUGUAAACUAGGUGCAGGAAGAAUAUAUCACAGUGGAGUGUUGGUGUGGUUUGUGGUAUUGUCUUUGCAGAUGUUUUGUUCUAUCAGAAGCAGCUUAUGCUUGAAUAAAUGCUGCUUACGAAAUGUUUACUUAAUCUGGAUGUCACUCAUACUUUAUAAAGAAUGAGUUGAUGUGUGGAAAAGCUGAACUAUUAUUAGCUUAAACAUGUUUGAUCCUUAAGUCUUGUACAAAAUGCUGAUGACUCCUUCAGGGGAAACUGGCAUUUGAAAUUGCCAAACUACUUUGUAUUAAUGCUUGUUUUUGUCAUUCAUAUUGCUUGUACAGGUAAAUGUUUUAAAGUAUCAUUUGGUUUUAUGAUUUUUUUUUGCUCGGAGGGACUCUUGCCAUCAAUACCUCAUUUUAAAACCAUUCUAUUAAAAUAAUUAUGAUUUUACUUUGUAUUCUACUUUCUGUAAAUUCUAAUUGGCUUUGGGGAACUGAUUUGGUGUUAUGGGGACAGAUUUUCCUGUCCCUCACUUAUGCCAGUGAAUGCACACAAACUGACUUGAACUCCAUUGAGCCCAGCUGUUUUUCUCGUUCAGCUGAUGUGUUCAUUUAUUAUGGGUGACUGUUGCUGGAUUUGCUUCUGAUGUGCAGUUUGUAAAACAGGCCAAGGCUAAGUGAAAGUUUCCAGUUACUCCUUUCAGAUCUUCAGUUAUAAGCCUGCUGAACUGAUGACCAGGACUCUGUUGAAACCACCGGAUCACUGAAGGAGCUAGAUUUCACAUUUUUUCACCAGUAUCCUGCUGGAGUCAGUUUCUCACAUCCAGCUCUCCCACUAGGUCAUGCAUAUUCACCAUUUAUACAAAAAUAUUUUUAAAAACUGAGACAGCAGAAGAAUGUUCAAGCUAAUCGCAAUUCUUUUCUUGAGCAGGUAUUCAGGAGGGGGGAGCCAGAUCCAUUCAACUGCUGAUCAUCCAGAUUUCCUUCCUAGCUUCCACAUUUGUUGAAUGUGUAAAUAGUAACCUCUCCUCGGGCCUUUCAAAACUUCCACAAUUACCCUACUCUUCAAAAUACAAACUCUUACCCCUUCAGUCAAAAAAUAAAUAAGUCGACCUUAACUAUUCCUUCACACGUGGGAGUUUCAGGCAGAAAAUAUUUCCUUUCAAGUUCUUGAGGGCAUUUUCACCUCCCUAGCUGUGCUUAUCUUUCUGCAGUUCCCUCUUUGAAUCCUUUCAAUCAGCUUUGCAUGUAAACAGCCUUGAUAAAAGUCUUAAACAAUAUUCCCUGAUGGUGGCUCAUUAUUCUUUUUCGAGCACUACAAUCCUUAAUAUGAUUGACCAUGCCAUUCUUCUUUAAACACUGCCACUCUGUUACUCAGCAUGAUAUGACAGCACUCAAUUUGUUCCGUUCUUUAUAGCUAGAGCAUCUCCAGCAGUGCUUUCCCUCAACCACCUGCUGUCCCUGGGCUCUCUUACCUGCAGACACGGGCAAUGCUACAGCUAUCUUGACCCCUCCUGCACGUUCUAUUAGUCUGCCUGUCCAACAUUCAGAAAGAGCUGCAUAAUGCUCCAGCUGAACAAUGGUAAGACUGAUGCCAUCUUCAGCCCUGACCACAUGUCCUUGACACUGACUGCAUCCUACUUCUAGGCAGUCUAUGAUUCAGACUAAAAAAAAAAAUGUCCCAUUCAACACUGAACUGAACUUCUGUCGCCUUAUCUUUAUCACAGGGCCAGCUAUUCCAUCUCUCCCCAUCUGCAUGUUUUAUGUCUAGAUUCAACUGUUUUAAUAAACUUAAGCUUAGCCAAGCCUCUGUUGCCUAGAUCCUAUUGCACAUGUAGGCAAGCAAAAUAUCACUCCUGUCUUCGUUGACACCUAAUCUUCAACAUGUCAAAUUUUAAAAUUCUCUUUUAUGGAGGUUGAACAUUUCUACGGUUUCACUGUUUCCUGUAUGACCAUCUCCAGGAUUCCACCUCUACCCUUGACAGCUGUGCCUUCAACCAAUAGGCUCCAUAUGUUGGCAUUUCCUUGCUAAACUAAUAUUUCUUAAAAUUCACCCCGUUGGCUAUGGUUUUAGAUUCCUUGUAGCCAUUUUGCAUCAAAUGGCCAUUUUCAAUUUUGAGUGCCUUGACAUUUUUCAACAUUAGAAGUGUGAUAUAAAUAUGUUGCUUUUCAACUAGCAUAACUGGUGAAAUUUAAAAAGGACAACUGUCUGUAAAAUUCUGUAACUAUACAUAAACUGUUCCUCUUUCCUCACCAA